AUGAGGACCUGGGAGGACAUUUUUGCAGGGAAAAUUGCAGACAUGCACUUAACAGGGCCAUGGACACUUCAGGAGGAUAUCCUGCAGGUCCACGUCCUCAAGUCUGGCUGGAAGGAGUUUGUGCAGCACCGUGAGCUUGGGAGUUUUCAGUGUUCCCAGUGCUUUCAUGAGUGGUCUUUGACCAAAGCACAUGUCCUUUUCCACAUGUGCUGGUGCCAGGACCAGGGCAUGGUACGGAUGUGAGCCUUUCACAGGCAAUGCCCCGACCCCCAGCUGGAGGAGCCCGAAUUCAGCCAGGACACCCCGGAGAGGCUUCUGCACAACGUGGUUCUAAAAAUCCUCAAGUACUUCUGCUGUGUGCCUGUCCAGCCCUCCAACCUCCUGGCAGUCGUGGUGGAUGCAGUGGUGGCAGGGCCACACAACAGCACCCGCUGCGAUAGCCUCUGCUGUGAAAACGCGCUCUCCCAGUCCGACAGCUAG